AUGUAUACCAUAACUAACAUCUACGUGCUUGCCGCGUUUGGCACCAUCGGUGGUGCUCUAUUUGGGUUCGAUGUGAGCUCAAUGAGUGCUUGGAUUGGCGUCGACACAUAUAAAGAUUACUUCGGCUCCCCAAAUUCCAACCUUCAAGGUGGCAUCACAGCAUCAAUGUCCGCUGGCUCAUUCGCCGGCUCGAUUGCAGCGGGUUGGCUGUCGGAUAUUCUCGGCCGUCGUUACGCAUUGAUGGUUGCAUCUCUCGUCUGGAUUGUGGGCGCUAUGGUCCAAUGUAGCGCUCAAAAUGUCGCGCACCUGGUCGCCGGUCGUGUUGUCAGUGGACUGGCAGUUGGUGUGACAUCUUCACAAGUUUGUGUCUACUUAUCGGAGUUGGCACCCGCCCGGAUCCGCGGUCGUGUGGUCGGUAUUCAACAAUGGGCGAUCGAAUGGGGUAUCCUGAUCAUGUACUUGAUUGCAUAUGGCUGCGUGGUUGGUGUGUCCGGGCCAGCUGCGUUCCGAAUCUGCUGGGGUGUGCAGGCCGUCCCCGGUCUUAUCCUAUUUAUCGCCUUGUUCUUUUUCCCAGAGUCCCCGCGUUGGCUCGCUUCAAAGGAGCGCUGGGAGGAGGCUCUGGAUACUUUGGCAAUCAUUCAUGCCAACGGUGAUCGUCAUGACCCGGCUGUGCAGGUCGAAUUUGAGGAGGUUCAAGAGGCAGUGCGUGUUGCUCACGAGUCUCAGGAUGUUUCUUUCUUGGCCCUGUUUGGACCUCGCGUUUGGAAGCGAACCAUGUGUGGCAUGAGUGUGCAAAUGUGGCAGCAGCUGCUGGGAGGCAACGUUGCCAUGUACUACGUCGUGUACAUCUUUGAGAUGGCGGGCCUGUCUGGUAACACAACGUUGUGGUCCUCUGCCAUCCAAUAUGUGAUCUUCUUGGUGACCACUGGAGUCAUGCUCCCCUUCAUCGAUCGUGUCGGCCGAAGAAACCUUCUCCUUAUUGGGUCGGUCACCUGCAUGGUAGUACACUUCAUUAUCGCUGGUGUCAUGGCCAGCCGAGGCAAUCCCGUAUCGAAUGUGAAUGGUGACUACAACUUGACCUGGGAGAUCAAAGGCAGUUCCGGCAUGGCAGUCAUUGCCUUUUCAUAUAUCUUCACCGGAAUUUAUGGUCUUACUUGGGCUCCAACUGCGUGGGUUUACGCAUCAGAGGUCUUCCCAUUGAAAUACCGAGCCAAAGGUGUCGGUGUUUCGGCUGCGACAAACUGGAUUUUCAACUUUGCCCUGGCGUACUUCGUGGCCCCCGCCUUCCACAACAUCCAGUGGAAGACUUAUAUUAUCUUUGGUGUCUUCUGUUGCGUCAUGACCUUCCAUGUGUUCCUCAUGUACCCGGAGACUGUAGGAAGGUCGCUUGAAGAGAUUGACUUGGUGUUUGAAACAGACGUCAAGCCAUGGCAAACUCACAAAAUCGGAGAUCUCUUUGGGGAAGAGGUCGAGCGCCGAAAGGAGGAUGGCCCUAAAAAGGAGGCUAUCGGUGCUGAUCACCAAGAGGUGGUAUAG